AUGUAUGUCCCUACCCUCGCUACUCUUGGUGGCCUCCUCGCCCUCACUGUCAAGGGUAUGCCCGCCAUCGCCACGGAUGACCCCAUCACCCCGGCCGCCACCUCUUCUGCCGCCGACGAGUUCGCCGCCCAAGGCUACACCAUUGUCCCCGCCACCUUCACCGGCGAUUUUGGCUCCAACGGCGAGACCAUGACCCUCAACGGCACCAUCGAGGAGGUCAUGGCCCAAGUCGCCGACAUAAACCCCAACUACAAGUGGGCCGACGAGGACGACUCCUUCACCUCCAAGGGCGACCCCGAGGACGACGCCUGGCGCGAGCGCAAGGUCGCCAAGAAGGAUUGCAACACCGACGCCGGCAAGGUGGUCCAGAGUACCAUCCUCGCAGGUGUCCAGUACCUCUACAAGAAGCCCAAAGACGAGGCCCGCCUUGAGGUCAAGACUUGUUCUCGCAUCAGUUGCUCGUACAAUGCGGCCAUCUACAUGUGUUGGGACCCCGUCGACGGCGCUCCCGCUGUUUACACCCAGCCUUGGUGGUACGUGGCUGACUACGCCAAGGGCAUCGCGCUCGAGUGGUGCCCUCACGAGUUUGAUCGCGAUAUCGGUACCUACAUGGUUGGCGGCAAGACUUGGGAUCCCAUGGGUCUUGCGGUUCAUGUCCGUCGCGACAAGUGCUAA